AGUGUGUCUGUGCGUGUGAGCGUGCGCGUCUGAGUUUAAUCGCGGUGUGUGUGUGUGUGUGUGUGUGUGUGUGUGUGUGUGUGUGUGUGAUAUCUCAGACGUCACAGCCUGCCGUUGGUCCAGUUCAGUUCAGUUCAGUUCAGUUCACUUUAGAUCAGAUCGGAUCCCCGGAUGAGCCGUUGCUUCUCUCAGGAGGUAAACUGAAGUAAACCCGGACCUGGAGGCGGUUUAACCCGGAACAGCCCGAACCGGAACACUGUGUUUGUUUCUGUUCGACCCAAAAUAAGCAGCAUAAACAAGCAGGGCGGAGGGAGUGUGAGAGCCACCGUUAACGUAACGUCCGUGACGUCGCUCCGCUGGUUUUUCACCAGCACGCCGCGCGUCUGGGGGGUCCACGCCGGGAUUUACCAAGUGAUCGAUUAAUCCGACAGGAGCCUGAACCGUGGGAUCGGUACACGCGCUAUGAUGGAGAGAAAGAGGACGGACUGUCCCGCUCUGCCGCCCGGUUGGAAGAAAGAAGAAGUGAUCAGGAAGUCCGGGCUGAGCGCCGGAAAGAGCGACGUCUACUACUACAGUCCUUCAGGAAAGAAGUUCCGGAGUAAGCCCCAGCUGUCCCGUUACCUUGGAAAUACAGUGGAUCUGGCAUGCUUUGACUUUCGCACGGGCAAGAUGAUGCCCGGAAAACUGCAGAAAAACAAACAGAGAUUCCGACAUGACCCGCUGAGCAUGGCCAAGGGAGGGAAACCAGACCUGAACACAGCUCUGCCCAUCAGACAGACGGCCUCCAUCUUUAAACAGCCCGUUACCAAGGUUACGAGUCACCCCGGAAACAAGGUGAAGACAGACCUGCAGCGAGCGAUCGAGCAGCCCAAACAGCUGUUUUGGGAGAAGAGGUUGAAAGGUCUGCGGUCAUCAGACGUCACAGAGCAGGUCCUGCGUACCAUGGACCUGCCCAAAGGAUUGCAGAGUGUCGGUCCAGAUGCGAGUGACGACACCCUGCUGUCGGCCAUCGCCAGCGCUCUGCACAUGAGCUCAGCUCCGAUUACGGGACAGACGUCUGUAGCGGCUGAGAAGAAUCCGGCAAUCUGGCUCAACACGUCCCAGCCGCUCUGCAAGGCCUUCACCGUCACCGACGAGCACAUCCGAGUUCCUCUGUUUACCAGCCUCAGGGUUAUCACCGCCUUCAUCUUAAUCCAGACAACAAACCAAAAACCAGACCUCCCACAGCCCAAACGUCACCCGUUCUGAUCCAUUGUUUCCGUGGAUGAUCGCUUCAACCUUCCUGUUGUGGAGCCUUUUUUGCACUUGACAUUUCUAAACAUCUGGAAACAUUUUUUUUUCCAGAGUCACAGUAGCAACAGUGGGAGCAACAACCACAGCAAUAAUGACACAAUACCAGCAACAAUGCCUCUGACAUCGGAGGCUACAGUAGCAAUAAGUGGAGCCUGAACCAGCUUGAAGCAACCAAAGCCUUUAAUCCUCUCUCUGUGCAAACUUUACAACAAGCAUUUCUUUUAUUGCAGUUUUUCUUUUUAAUAUAAAGUAGAUAAAAAAAAACAAAAAAAAAAACAGAAUGUACUUAAGAGCAAGUCCUUCAUAAAGACCCAAAGUCAGGUUGCAAACUGCUGGAUGGCUUUUGCUAACUCUACUAACUUUCAUUUUUUGCUCUUUUAUGAUUUUGGUUCCUUUGUGGUGUCAUAUGUCAGCUUCAGGGGUUUUAAUGAAAUAAUGAGAAUUUACAAUUAUAUGAAAUAGAACAAUUACUUAUUUAAAGAUAAAUUUUAUACCUUCUGAGAACAUAUGUGUACAUUUUCUGGACUGGACUGGAAUAAAUAAUUAUAUUCAGA